AUGGUCACCUCCUCCACUGCUCGCACCACGGCGACAAUAGCAUGGCUCUCUGCUAUGCUAGUAGGUCACGGCGCUCUGGCACAAACGGAUCCUGUUCCCUACGAUUGCUGCACGGACCGAGAAUGCUUGGUGUGUCCCGACACUGCGUUUACCUUGGACGAGUGUGGCGCCAAUGGUCAUGAGUAUGGGUUUGAUAUUAAUGACGCCCGCGGUGGCAAUUUCGUGUGCGAACCCACCGGGACGACUCCUACCUGCUGCGAGACGACGGCGGUUGAUCCGUGCGAUCCCAACCCCGGCGAUACAUGCUAUUCGUUCGAGCAGUUCUGCUGGGAAACCUUGUUUGGAGUCCCCUGCUUGAACGAUCCAACAUCGUGCUGCACCGUCGGCGGACCAAUUCCCUUACCGUUUGAUGUAAUGUGUGCCGCCGAUCCCAUUUGGUCGCCUCCACAGUUUUGUCCCAUGAGAGUCUUUGCUGGACCACCCAAUCUUCAAAUUCUCGAUGCGACCGUUUUGGAACCAGGGGUGGGGCAGCUGGUGCAGCUGGUGUAUGACGUCGUUCUUGACAGUGAUCCCAUGGAGCCCUUUACAGUCGAUGUCCAGACUACUGCUGGUGGGACUGCAACAGAAUUGGCAGACUACUUGCCCUUCAUAUCUACCCUCUCAUUCGUUCCUGGCGGACCUCUUUUACAGACAUUCCAGGUCACCGUUAUUGGUGACACCUUAGUGGAAGGUGACGAAACCGUGGAGGUCAGCAUCAGCAGUGUACAACCUGCCUCUGCGGUGGUUGUCACCAAAGGAACGGCCAUUGGAACGAUCCUGGAUGAUGAUGCCCCCGCCACACCAAUGUUUUCCAUUCUAGACGCGGCUCCUGUCAUGGAAGGUGCUGGGCCCAUGGAGUUUACCAUCACUCUGAGUAGUGAUCCGCCAAUUCCCGUAACUGUCGAUGUGUUGGGUACCCCUGUUGGAACUGCAGAUCUUGGGCUGGACUUUAACUUUCCUGUCACUACCCUCACUUUCCUCCCUGGCGGACCACUAUCCCAAACCGUUCAGGUCACCAUUAUUAACGAUGUUCUGCUGGAAGGUGAUGAGACAGUUGUGCUUGCUCUCGGACGCGAGGAACCACUUGGUCUUGUGGGGGUGACAAGACGAACAGCCAGUGGAAUUAUCACGGAUAAUGAUGCUACCAACCUACCGCCCUCCAUUACAUUCCCAACUCCGGGGCAAUCAAUCCAAAUCCCGGAGACUGAUGUUUUGUUCAUUGAUGUCCAGAGCACGGAUGAUAAUGACAGCGAAGGAUCGGGGCUAGUGUACUCCUUGUUGCCCGCUCCUGAUACACAUCUUUUUAUCAUUGACGCCACCACUGGAGUCAUUGGCUUUGUGGGUGGCAUCACCCCUCCCUUCACCAAUCCACUGGAUGCCGAUGCGAAUGGAGUCUACGAAUUGGCUGUCACGGUGCAAGAUUCCGGCGGACUCGAGUCGGUUCCGGUACUGUUCCAGGUCACUGUCGUGGAUGCUGGUCCCACGGAUGUUGGCCCCACAGAUCCUACAGAUGUCAAUCCAACAGAUCCUACAAACGUUGGGCCCACAGGGUUUAAUGGUGGUGUUCAAGGUGACCCUCAUUUCUUGACAUGGAAUGGCAAGAUGUAUGAUUACAUGGGAGCAUGUGAUCUUGUAUUGCUCCAUGCACCAAACUUUAAAGACAACAACACCGCGUUGGAUAUUCACAUCAGGACCAAGACCCGCUACGAUUAUUCUUACAUUGAAACAGCAGCAGUGCAGAUUGGAGAAGACAUUCUUGAGAGAUGA